AGAGAGAACGCGCAUGCGCGCGCCCGCUCGCUUCCCUCGCCUGCCCGCUUGCCUCUUGCAGCAGAGCGGAGCCCGGCGAGGAGGAGGAGGAGGAGAAGAGGAGGAAGAGGAGGAGGAGGAACCUCGGUUGCAGCAGCAGCAGCAGGAUUUUCUCCUCCUGAUGCCACCUAUUCAUGACUGAGGAGCUGGAAACAGCCAGACAAGUCCUGCUUUGGUUUCAUCCUUCAACAUGACCAACCCCCAGCCUCCUAUAGAAGGUGGAGUUUCCGAAGUUGAAAUAAUUUCACAACAAAUAGAAGAAGAAACCAGAAGUGUCGCACCUGUACAGCUUGUUAAUUUCGCCUAUCGGGACUUACCUCUGGCUGCGCUAGAUUUCUCCAUCGCAGGCUCCCAGCUCUUGUCGAAUUUGGAUGAGGAAUACCAACGAGAAGGAUCUAACUGGCUUAAGCCGUGCUGUGGGAGGCGAGCGGCUGUCUGGCAGGUGUUUUUGCUCAGUGCGAGUCUCAACAGUUUCCUGGUAGCCUGCGUAGUUUUGGUGGUCAUCCUUCUGACUCUGGAGCUCCUAAUAGAUAUAAAGCUUCUCCAGUUUUCAAGCGCAUCCCAAUUUGCUGGCAUCAUUCACUGGAUCAGCCUGGUUAUCCUAUCUAUCUUCUUUUCAGAGACUAUCUUGAGAAUAGUCGUACUUGGUAUAUGGGACUAUAUUGAAAACAAAAUAGAGGUAUUUGAUGGUGCUGUGAUCAUCUUAUCUUUGGCUCCCAUGGUGGCCUCUACAGUGGCUAAUGGACCAAGCAGUCCAUGGGAUGCUAUUAGUCUCAUUAUUACCCUGAGAAUUUGGAGAGUCAAACGAAUUAUUGAUGCCUACGUGCUGCCAGUUAAAGUGGAAAUGGAGAUGGUGAUUCAGCAGUAUGAAAAAGCAAAGGUUAUUCAGGACGAACAGCUGGAAAGACUGACCCACAUCUGCCAAGAACAGGGGUUCGAAAUUAGACAGCUGCGGGCACAUCUGGCCCAGCAAGACCUGGACCUGGCAGCUGAGAGGGAGGCAGCUUUGCAGGUGCCUCACAUGCUGAAGAAACAGACGGGCAACCGAUACAAAGUGGUAGCCACCGGAGGCGAUUCCGAUGACGAAACCACCGAGAACAUCACAGAGUUGCGUCCGGCUCGGGAGACGGUGGUGAAAGACGACAUGAACAACUACAUCAGUCAAUACUACAACGAACCCAGCAGUGACAGCGGUGUCCCUGAAGGGGCCUUCUGCGUCAUUACAACAGCGGCCAUCGACAUCCACCAGCCCAAUGUCUCCUCCGACCUCUUCAUGGUGGAAAUGCCGAUGAAGAUGAUGGAGAGCAACGGGAUUUCCACGAGCGCCGCAUCAGGCAGCGCCUCGAGGUCCACGGACAGCUCAGUCACCCGAGCGCAGAGCGACAGCAGCCAGACCUUUGGCUCUUCCACAGACUGCAGCACGACUCGGGAGGAAUCCUCCGAGUACUGCCCCUUGAAGCGGCCCUGUCAGGUGGCCCAAGGCGCUCAGGUCAGCUCUUCGUCUCCCCAUCGCAGGGUCCAUAACGCCGUCGUCCAAGAACUGUUGUCCUCCUUAUCAGAAGACUCCUGCUUAACCCAAAAGGGCCUGGACCCCGUUAACCUUAAACUGCCAAGCCCAGCGGGGUCGGCCACAGCCAGCCCUGAACUGGAGCGCCGCGUCAAUAUUUACAACAAAAAGAACCAAGAAAACUUUGGGGGGGUCUUUCAGAAAAAGCCGGUCAUCCACUUCCAGCAGAAGACACAGAUGAUUGACAAGUACACGUCGUUGGACUCCAGGCAGCCAAGGUUCAACAGCAUCCCGGAUUCCUAGUCUUCGGUGGAGUUGCGCGGUUCAGACAAAAUUGGUGGUUCGCCAGGGGUGUGGGGCACACACUAAAAGCUUUAAAACGGGGCCCUUGGAAACAUUCCGGGGUGAGUGUUUUAUGUGGAUUUAAGAAUUGGAAAUUCAUUUUUUUUAAAAUGCAUGAGUUACGAGAGCCAGCACGAAAAUAAGAAAUUGACAAAUUCUGCCACCUGACGUCUUUGGGGUGUCACCCUCAAGGAGAAAAUUAGGGGGGCAAGGGAGGUGAAGGCGGUUAAAACAAUGACCUCAAAAGAUGUACAGAUUCUUAAGGUGUGUUUUCUUUUUGUAAGCCAAGCGAACACAAAUCCUACCCUUUUUACUGAACUUCGGACAAUCUUCUAUAAAAACUCACAAUCUCUCUCCUCCUAACGAUUUCUUACGACGUCCCUUUGUACGUGACCAAUUACGAAUCCAUUUGUAUUGACAAGUUAUUUUUGAUCUUCCUGGGGAGGGAAAAAAAAAAACACCCCACCCUUUUUUCCAAGAGGUACUUUGAAUGAUGCUGUUCAAAGACAUCUUUAAAUGCUUUAAAAGAAUUUUAAAGUAAGUUGUUCUCUUAUUUUUAGCAUGAACUUUGGGGAAGAAAUAUUUUGGAAAAAAAUAAUAAUUAUUAUUGCCUCUGGGAUAAACAGAACCAAAAUGAGCAUUUUACAAAUACAAUUUUAAUUAAAAUAUUUUUUUUUACAAAAA